AUGGAGUUCCUGGAGCAGGGCCAUUUAAUCUCAGACCUGCAGCACGGCUUUAGACAGAACCGCUCGUGUCUUUCCAGUUUAUUGCUCUCGACGGAGCAGUGGACUCGCGCACUGGAUGAGGAUGGGCGGGUUGAUGUCAUAUACACAGACUUUAAGAAGGCGUUCGACAGCGUCCCACACAAACGCCUAAUCUACAAACUUUCUGAAAUUGGGAUAAGAGGAACGCUGUUGACAUGGAUAACAGAUUUUCUUACCGGGAGAUCGCAAACCGUGUGCAUUGAGGCCUCAAGGUCAACUCCUACUCCCGUUCUAAGUGGUGUACCCCAGGGCUCCGUCUUAGGGCCGUUGCUAUACCUGGUUUACAUUAACGACUGCGUCGACGACCUGGGAUGCAGCGCCAUCAUGUUUGCUGACGAUGUUAAGCUGUGGAGACCCAUCAGAUCUGAUGCAGACAGGUACGCGCUUCAAGACAGUCUCAACCGCCUAAACAGUUGGUCAGGUCGCUGGCUCCUCAAUUUUAAUGUGGACAAAUGUGUGGUCCUGAGACUCCGCACCAGACAGACCAGUAAGGAGGACAAUUCCUUUCAAUAUGUCCUUGAUGGUCAGUCCCUUUCAAAUGUUGUGGAACAGAAAGACCUGGGAGUCCUAAUGACCUCCUCGCUGAAACCAUCUUCACAGUGUCAAAGGGCAGCCAAAAGUGCGAUAAGGGUGUUAUUUGCGCUGAGGCGAGGAUUUGUGCAGAUCGACAAGGAGCUGUUCGGAAAAACCUAUGGGGCAUUCGUCCGAUCUCACUUAGAGUAUGCAGUCUAGGCCUGGCGACCGUGGUUAAAGAAAGAUUAUCAACGACUGGAAAGAGUACAGGCGAUGGCUACGAAGAUGGUCAAGAAUCUUCAUCAUUUGCCUUACGAAACCAGGCUGACUGAACUAAAUCUGUUUCCUCUAAAUUACAGGCAACUGCGCGGCGAUCUCAUUCAAACAUACAGGAUUGUCAGAAGCCGAGAGUGUGCCCUAGAUUUUGAUGAAUUCUUUGAAUUGGCCCGGACUGACCGUCUGCGUGGUCAUCCGUUCAAACUGCAAAGGAAGAGGGCUCAUUCGGACGUCCGACGGAACGCCUUCUCACACAGGGUCAUCGGGGCAUGGAAUGGACUCCCUGAUGCCGUCGUUCUUUCCGAAAGUGUUAAAUCCUUUAAGUGCAGACUAGACGCUCACUUGUUGAGAACCUACUGUACAUACAAUCAUGAUUGUUUUAGCGGCGGUAGUUUGCGCCUGGCUCACACUUACCGCUAACUUCUUAACUUUUCGCAUUUGCUGAUGUAAUUGAUGACUUUAUUUCUGUUUAUCGACAUGAAUAGGGUGCUCAAGGGCGAAAGCCUCAUUCCCUUAAUAAACUGACUUAAACUGACUUAAGGAUCUGGCAUUUAAAACAAAAGGUUUGAGAGGGAAGGCUGUUUGUUUCUGAGGGAGGUGGGCUACGUCGUCCAGUGCUGAGCUGCACACGGAGCAAACCAUCAGGCUGUACCAUCCAGUUCUGCAAAAAAUUUUGUGGCAUUAAAAGAUUCUGAGGUGGAUAAAAACGAUAGAACUUGGGGAGGAAAUGACGAGCAGGUAAACUGGUAACCAUUGUUAGCUAACUUAUUUUCAGCUGGAAAUCCGCCGGCCAGAUACUACAAUUAAUUCUCGCCGGAACGAAGCUGAGGAUCGGAUGAGUUAACUGAUUCAGUAUGGGCAUUAAUAUGAGGAAUUCAUUGGUAAAACGGUCGUGGUGGAAACAAUUUUGGGGGUGGGGGGCGCAUUGUUUCCAUUGGAGCAAGAGUUCUAUUAAACGGUGGGAAAAUCGGCAUAUUCGGCCUAACUGCCUUGAUAUGAGGUCUGGGGACAUUUGGGAACACGCUGCCUUUUGAGUCGGGGUGUUUGAGGCAUUGUUAAUCGAUUGUGGAGGAAUAUAUUUUAUAAUAGUGCUGGAUUUUUCGGGUGUCAGAGUGGCUGAGACAGCAAUAGGAUUUGACUUUGACUUAGACACAUGCGUAUCGGAAAUCCUGUGUUCCGAGUAUACAGGGGUCGACGCUUCGGAAAUCAGCCUGCCAGGAACCUUAUCUUGUUUACACAACCACCCAGGACUUGAGGAUCGUUCUUCUAAUAAAUCAGAACACAGACGGUUUCGUACAGCACACAUCCUACACAAUUUUGAUAAUAAUAGGACAGAUAACAAAAGCUUCAAGGUAGGAAUAUAAAGAAAAACUACACGGGUCGUAGCUUUACGAUCCCAUGAGAGGUGUGACAUCAGAUAUACCCCUAAAGGUUUUCUACGCUCAAGUCUUCUUUCAGUGAAAUAAAGUAGGGCAGGCGGAUCUGCAGCAGUAGAUGUUCGUCUCUAUAGGCACCUGAAACAGCCUUUAGACACUUGCGGAUGAGGCUAUCAUAAAAAACCAUGCAGUUAUGUGUUUUCACCCUUUGCUUGAUAACGUCUUAUUUAAAAGCUGCAAUAACUAUUUGGGGACGCUAGGACACCUACUGAUGAGCGGGAGCCAUCGCAACUGUAUCAUGCAGCGGAGGAAUAUCGGAGAAACACGGGUAUGAGCUUUAAGCUCAGUAUAAACGGUCAAGCAAAAAUCCCACUUUCUGUUCAUAACUAGCAUAUUAUCUAUUAUUCCACUGCAUUGUUAACUUGCGCAAGACCCACCGGGACCGUCCAUAAAGUCUUCAGUCGACCACCCUAGAGAAACGACAUAGAUACCUUCAUAUGAUGAACUUUCCUCCUUACGAUUUAAAUUAACAUGAUAGCAAUAUUAUCGAGCACGUGCUUCGUAUAAACAUGAUAUUCUCCAGCAUUUUGGUAGAAUAUCCGCCAAAAAUAUACUUCCGUCGUUUUCACCAUGCCUGCAUGUUUGAAGUCAUUAUAAAACUCCAGCGCUACAAACCUUUUUUGCCUACGUUGUGUCAUCUCGACUCGCCGACACUGCAGAGAUCCCUAUUCAAUAUCGACAACCUAUAUCGAGGUAUUUUAAAAAAAUAACCAUUGAUGAAGGACUGAUAGGGAAACGCUUCUGAAAGGAUACCUAAGCCUCAAUUAUGAUCAGUGGAAUCUUAAACAGGGAGCUGAAACAUAGGUGAACGUAGGUAGGUAAUUAAUAAAAGUCUUGAAAUUACUGAAGUAAGAGUGAGUGUACCAGUAAAUAAGUUGGGUUGCUAACAUUUUCAUUAGAGAUACCCAGUUUCUUAUGUCCAGUCAGGGCUGUCUCCCCGGCGUCUGCUGACUUUUGUGGUGCUGCCGCUUACAACACAUCAUAAUUCCGUCAGUUUUCCCUUUUCACAGCGAAAGGAAUAAUUAUAUUUAGUUAACCUGACUCGCACUUGACUGGAACUUCUCUGAAUCUCGUAUUCAGAACCAAGGCUUAGGCGGGCUUUACUGUUUGCGGAAGUUCCUGUAGGAAAUUUCCAUAUCCCAAAGCGCCUAAGGACCCCAACACAUGCUCCGAAAUUCAUAAGCCUCUUAUAAAUAACUUCCCGAUGCAUAUCUAGAAUGUGCUAGUUUUCGGUUUGCUUACAUUAUUUCCACAUAUUUCACAAAAAGGCAAUUAUACAUUCGGGAACGCCGGAAUCCCGACUUAAGCGUACGCUUUAACCCCAGACGUGAAGUGUAAAUGUCAAUUGAAACUACAAAGAAAAGUUGAUACAGGAAAGACUUAACGCCAAGUGGAGGAUGCUACGUCAUAUACAAAGGAAAAAUGAUAUCGAAGGAAUGUGGGAAAACAGCAAUGGUUAAUUCGCCAUCUACUAGUUGUCUGGUCGCAUCUCCCUUUUCCAAUCCUCGGCCGGACUCGAAGCUGAAUGUAACCGAUCGCAUCUGAGUUUCCAUGGCCUCGAGACUGGUUUUAUAUUUACCAAUCUGAAGGGAAUGGCCUCAGCCGGCAUGUGAAUUCUGCCUUGAUGACGUCCGUUCCGAACCUUUUAAUUAAUACCACAUGCAGGCCAGUGCUGCCUGGCUCGCCUAUUUAACUUUUCAUAAAAUCCGUUAUACACCGCCACAUGCGGGCAGGACCUGCCAGCUUUUUUGCUUUCAUGAGCGACAUUUUUUUCUCCUAUAAUGUUAAUCCAGUCAUAUUCAUUUUGCUUAUGUUACAAAUUUUUUUCCCUCCUCGCUCAUCAUUUUUCAUAACAUACUACUUAUUCAAUAAUUGUGAAUUAAACGUUGCAUAGAUUCUGUAUAUCUGUUGUAAAAUUUAUGUAAAAAAGUUAUUUUUACUUGCUAUGCACAUGGACCUACAGAUCUGUAGUGUUCGAACACUACUUCGGCCGGAGUUUUUAUUGGUGCCAAACGAGUUUCUGCAGACCCUGGGUAAAUGCACUAUGGUGUUUCAGUAAGUGUGAUUUUUAAAAUCAUCUUAAUCGUUGCUUGAAGUUGAGGACUAAAUAUUCUCGACGCCUGAUUUACUCCCAAUUACUCAAUCUCGUUUUAACACCCUAAAGUGUUUCAAGACCGUUUGAAUGGGUAGGUGUUGGCUCAUACUAGUGUUCCGUGCUUCCCGCGAUCUCAUGUAGGCAGUUUGUUCCCAACCAUUGUUUUGUUUUUUUUUCGUCAUGGAAGAUAUUGACUGCCUCUUAUACAUAUCGGAAUUAUACGCAACUGAAAGAAGCGAUUUGUAGCAAUAAAUUCUAACCUCCGCGUCUUCUUCAGAACACAUUUCGACUAGGAGGCAGUGAAAAUAUGUUGUAAUAUCUGAGAAUUUCCGAUUGGCUGUUGCUGUAACGAAAACCAUUUGUUAAUUUAUCCACUGAUGUUGUCCCUGAUAACAUAUAACAUGGAUGCUGUCAGUUAAAACUGACCCGGGUGAAAUUGCACACAGCAUAUAAGAAGUCGAUAUAGCAGCACAAUAAUAGCCAAUGUUACAGCUGCUACUGUAUUUCCAUUCAUAUGUUAGUGCAGUUCUGUCGGGAGUCGAGGUUGGCAGCUUAAAGUAACACAUUUUUUACGUAUACAAGACUGGGGUUAGUGGCGGGAUAAAUGCUACAGCAAUUCUGAAACUGUCUCAGAUAAUAACCUCAGUUGCUGUGCAAAAUAUGUAGUCGGAAAUUACCCUGCAGAUACUGUCACUGAAUACGUGACGUUUAUGAUUUUUAUCGUUGCCGGACAUUUUUUGACAGUUUGCGCCUAAGUUGGCUGCGCAUUCUUAGAAGAAGCGGACAUUUAGGGGUAGUUAAUGCGUAUCCUACGGAAUGCACAGAUGAGGGCCUCAAGUUUUUACUUUGGUCAUCCUUUCAAAGAUCAUUUGAUAUUCGUGCAAGCUCUAAGUAGAUAAGUUUAGUCGAUAAGAGGCUUUUGCUCUGCGACUUACUAUCUGACCAAGACGAUAACAUUUCUAAUUUGAGCCGCUUCAGCAGGUCUCUUUAGUUCCGUGGAUGUAAAAUCACAUCUGACUGCCCAAUCACUCUUAUUUUACUUAACGUAUACUGUGAUUAAAAUAUACUCAUGAAGGUGUUGCCUACCUCGUUAUUUACCGCCUUAUUCGUGUAGUUAACUGCUAGACUGGCCAAUCAACUCAGUCCGUUUCACGACUAGACUGACGCAGUUUAAACCUUCAGAAAAUGACCAACGGAACGUAAGUUUUGGAAAGAAGAUUAACAUAUCGCGAGGCUUUGCCCAAGACGUAGGAUUUAUCGUCUAACUGAUGGCCAAUACAUCGCAACCCUCCUCGCUAGGCAUUGCAAAGCAAACUUUCGAAGUGCCUUCAUUUCGACUGCGAUUAUUUUCUCGGCUGCUAUCUUCACAUUUUUGAGGUGAGAAAUCAUACACUAUCUCAAGCGGUUUACAAAUAACCGGGUACUGCUCAUCCCUUGUCGACUGCGCGCUUGGACGCACGAGCGUGAGUAAGGGAGGCUUCUCGGCAACUGUGUACGCAAGGUCAUGUCGUGCCUCCAAAAGGGGCUGCGCGAUAGAUGCACUGGACCACCACGGGGUCCAGAUAAUAGCCCGGCUCGUGCUUUUGGGCCGUACACUCACAACAAGUGUUAGGCAUUGGCACGUGACACUUGGGGAGUAGUGGUGCGCUUAGGUGCCGGCCCGCCCCGCGCCGGCUACCUGCGGCUGAUCCCGAUUCCAGUCUUCUUGACACUAUCAUGAUUCCAAGCUCAGGUUGAUGAAAGGAGAAUGUGGUAGAUGCAAUGCGGGACUACUAUCACUAGACGAAUUCACGCGAGAGUCAUCGUAUGUCGUGCGGCAUACGAGUGCACUGUCGGAACCGACGGUCGAGCUGUCGUCGAUUCGCGUUUCGCGGUUUUAAUCUAGGUGGCACGACUGCUGAAAAUUGUCUGAGAUCGCUUUCUUUGUACAGGCUGCCGCGUAAGGUCUGAACAGUACCCGUCACUAUCUCAAAUCCUGGUUGUGAUGUACAUUUAGCCUGAUGGUCCCACAUCUGAUCUCGGAAAUGGGUGGACUUCAGUCUCAGUAUUUAAAUUAUUUCAUAAGGAAAACGCAUGCAUAGGUUGCUAGUCAUGUUGUCUUUUUUCGGGUAGCCGCGAAUAUAAAACAUUCUCGCAUCAAAGUUUUCAGGUUGUAAUUGUUACCUUAACCAAAUUCGCCAGAAUGGUUUUUAUGAUGAUUUCGUUCAGCCCCAUUAAUUAAACCAGCGGAUUGUCUACAUACUUUGUUUUACAGUCUCAGCGUCCUUGUCUUUUUUAUUUAAGGUACUGACGCCACUACUGUAGCGUACAGUUCGGCCGCUGCCCAAAACAAUCUAGUAAUCGUUGGCUACUGUCGGGCAUCUCUGGCAGCACUUGCCGGCGCGACUGCUGGAAUCUUGGGCUUGACAGGCAAUUUCUUAUUCCUUCUGACAACAAUUGUUUAAAGGCUUUUUAGGUUUCCUUUUCUAUAUAGCGGCAAGCGCUAUUCUUUCGAUUUUAUUACUGCGCAAAGCAGGAUCUAAUUGGCAGAAAUAUUUUAUGCAAAAGUCCGCCCUAUUGUAUAAUAUGAUAUUUGGGGAACUUACAACGUACAUUUUAUGCUGGACAUUUUUGUACGGCAUGGUGCAUGUUUAUUAAUGUAACUUUCUUUAUUGACUUCGACUUAUUUUCGUCAGUUUGCCUUUGGUGUCACACCGUAAAAGGGAAUUUAACUAAAUCUUUCGAGAGGCUGUAGAAUCGCUAUUCUCCUAAAGACAGUGAUCAAAUUUGGCCUCUAGGUUUCACUUCCGAGGUGCUUCUCUGUGACACAGGCACGCAGAACGCAUGCAGCAUACUAUUGACCGUCUUUCCUUUGCACCGGAAGAUUUGCUAAUUCGAAUUAAUUGUCACGCUAUAAUCUCCAAGCCUUACCGCAUUUAAAUAGCACGGCUUUAGAUUUUGCUGGUAUCAUUACUUUGCAAAUUUACAUAGAAGUAUGCCAUACAAAUCCACAAUUGAGCAGCCUGGCUUACAAGUCUUAUCAGAUAAAGCAACCAAGCGCGGGAAAACAGCGUCUUCCAUCUCUCCAUCCCCCGUCCCAAGCCUCCAGGAGUCACCUCGAAUCAGUUGAAGAUAUUGCUAGUCCUCGAAAUAAGGGAUGGCGUACGCUGCAAAAGCAACACGGUUACCUACAUGCCCACUGGAACAUUCGGUGGUAUUCCUGAUUCUCGAUCGAAAGGCAUGCUGCAUGUCGCAGAAAUGCUCACUGUCUAUAACCCGGAUCUCGACAAGGACUCGUGA